AAAUGAAGCACAUCUGGACAGUUGCGCGGCGCUGCUUGAGGAGCAAUCAGAACAGAAUCAGCCCCAUCAACAAAAGCCCAGCUGUUGUCUGGUUUUAAAUCGGCUAUAGCAACCAAGUGGUGAAGACUGACUGAGUCGUACAGAAACUGACAAGUUAGGUUUUGCUGUGCUAGGGUAGGAUGGGGAGUUUCAGAGGUCACGCCCUCCCUGGGAGCUUUUUCCUUUUUUUUGGCUUCUGGUGGAGUGUGAAGUACAUAAUGAAAUAUGUCUGCAAAAAGAACAAGAGGACCUGUUUCCUUGGAUCCAGAGCAGGGUUUCAACGUUUGGAAAUUAUUGAAGGACUGAUCAAAGUCUCCAUGUCUUUAAUUGGCAUGACAGCAGAACAGUUUGUUCCCGAUGGACCCCACCUGAACUUAUACAACUAUGAAGAGAAACACUGGGAUCACCUCAUGGGUUGGCAGCACUCGACCAUGUAUUUCUUCUUUGGACUCUCUGGAUUGGUUGACAUCUUGUGCUUCACCACCCACGCGCUGCCAGUUUCCUUAAGUAAGAUGAUGCUCUCCAAUGCCUUCUUUGUGGAAGGUUUUAUCUUUUACUUCCACACCCAUGGCCGGGCAAUGCUGGACAUAUACAUACAUCAGCUGCUGUUCCUGUCUGUCAUCGGAGCAGCAAUCUGCAUAUUCAUGGAAUUUUUCUUCCGGAGCAACAUUGUUUUAGAGCUCCUCAGGUCAAGCUUUGUCUUGCUUCAAGGCAGCUGGUUUUGGCAGAUCGGCUUCGUACUGUAUCCUCCUAAUGGAAGCCCCGAAUGGAACGAAACAGAUCACGGCAACAUGCUGUUUCUGACCAUGUGCUUUUGCUGGCAUUAUGCAUUCACUUAUUUCAUCCUGGGUGUGAAUUAUGCUUUUAUCACCUGGUUAAUCCGAUCAAAAAUUAAGAAGACCUUUCCUUCUGACAUGAGAUUGCUGAAAAAUGUUGAACGAGACCAAGAAUCAGAAGAAGAAAUCUAAUUUUGUUAGGCGUCCCUAUCUUUUUUCCAUUUAGGCUCUGACUUUGAUGUCUGCAAACAUGGUUUGUCUACGUUUGUGCUCUUAUUCUUGUUUUUCCUUAUGUGACUAGCCUUGUAAAAAUCAACUUCAAGAUAGUUUAUUUUGCCCUUUUGUGCAGCUGCUCCUGUAAGGGUCAGUCUCUGCAUACUGUAUUCUCUCACCUUGCUAAAGAAUUUGCAUGUGUUGAUUUUAGGCCCAGGUGUACAUUUGGAGAAUGGUUCACUUUGCACUUUAAUCAUGGAAUUAGAGGGUUGAGUGGGGUUUCCCUGACAAUUUAGCCCAUCCUCCUAAUGUCUGAUGUUGCACAUGGAAAAAAGAUAUGUAUUAUUUUUCCUUGAGAUGGGGCUUAGGUUAUCUGAGUUAAACUUGCAACCAUUUGUAACUUAUUAAACACAGAAUUUAGAAGAAGCAUGGUGUAGUGGAUGGUGCACUGGCCUUGGAGCCUAGAAGACCUGGUUCAUCCUGUCCCACCUCUGACAUAUACUGGCUGUGUGACUGAGCAAAAUCACAAUUGCCAUUGGCAAUUCUCUAAGGCUAUGAUACAGAGAAAAUGCUGAUGGGCCAUGGUAGAGGGAGUUUCAUUACCUGAGAGUACCCUAUACCAAUGAAAUCACAGAUCCAGGCACAAUAUCCUGUUGUAAACUCAGAAUUAACGUGCCCUCCAUGCUAAUGGGUGAAUGGCUUUUGGAGCAGAGACUUUGCAUCUUUCUUGCUGAUUAUCCACCCAAUGCCCUAUCUUCACUAGCACUUGCUAUGGAUAUCUGUUGGUAGUAGAAUGGACCCAAUGGAGAUAACAAGGCACUCCCAAG